AUGUCAUCCUCGGUUCCGUCAAGCCCCUCAUCAGCGCGCGGGCAAACCUCGGCAUUCUCCCUGUUUGGACGGCCCCGCCACAACCUCUCGCGCCCUAACAUCACCAAGCAGGUCGAGGAGGCCAACCAGAAUGCACCGGUGGGCAACUCGACAAUUUGUGACGUCCAAAAGAUUAUUUGGCAGCAGCGCCGUUUCGUUCUCGAGUCACAAAUACAGAAGAAGAGCAAAGGACGCCGGAGCUGGAUUGGGUCCCAGGGCUUCUUCCUAGCCGAAUUGAACCCAGAUGAGACCAUCAAGGACUAUUUCUGGGCAUGCCGACUGUGUGAUGAGAGAGGAAGAGCUACGUUCUUCAAAUCCCAGGCAACAUCUUCAGCGAUUGACCAUCUGAAGAAAGUCACUGGGGACUCUCUUGACGAGAUUGAGGAGGCUCAGCCGUCGGUUCUCGAUCAACAACGUCGUGCCUCGCUGAAGCGCCCGGCCCCGUAUUCUCCUUUCACUAAGUCAAAGAUGGCAUGUGUUCGCGAGCUCGCCGUCGGAUUUCUCAUCCAUGCCGACCUGCCCUUCACUGUUCUGUCGAAUCCCUUCUUGGCAAAGCUCCUUGAAAGCUACAAUAUGAAUCUUGCCAAGGAACAGCCACUGGGAAGGACUACACUAGGUCAGGAUCUCGCAGACAUUUUCCAAGCGAGUAAGGGCCAUGUCGAAAGGGAACUGAAUAGUGCCCAGACGUCAAUCCAUAUCAGCUUUGACCUCUGGACCUCUCCAAAUCGUCUUUCAUUCAUUGCGAUUUUUGCACAUUUUCUUGAUCGAGAAUAUCGUCGGCAGAACCGCUUGAUCGGCUUUCGACGCCAGUUGGGCACUCACGCCGGCGAGAACAUCGCUAAUACCCUCGAGGAAGUCAUCAAGGAUUGGGGAAUCGACUCAAGGUUCGGAGUAGCAGUCUGUGAUAAUGCUUCGAGUAACGACACUUGUCUGCGGUCUUUACUCCCCCGGUUUAUGCCCCAGAUGGACGACGAAGGUGUUAAGGCGCGACGGAUCCGAUGCUUCGGUCACAUCUUAAACCUAGUUGCGAAGGCCUUCCUUUUCGGCGAUGAGAGCGAUGCUUUCGAGAUUCAAUCUGACUUUUAUGAUACUCUUGGCCAGUACCAGGAGGGCCUCGAGCAUUGGCGGCGCAAAGGACCAAUUGGAAAGCUUCACAACAUUGUCAAGUUCAUCAGAGCCUCGCCACAACGUAGUGAGGCUUUCCGGAACGUCAUUCAAGAGUGGGAUGAGUCUGAGGACUUCAUCUUCUCAGAGGCAUCCUCCAGGGAGCUCGAGCUGCGGCAGAACAACGCGACGCGGUGGAAUUCAACCUAUUUGAUGAUUCAGCGAGCCUGGGAGAAGCAAGCAGAGAUUCGGGCUUACCUGCUGAGCCUCGACCUUGACAAUGCCUCGACACAGCUACCUCGGCAGGACCAUCUGACAACUGACGAUUGGGGGCUUCUCAACGAUAUUCAACACGUGCUGGAGCCGAUCUACAGCCUCACGAUGAGAACACAGGGACAUGCCCAUGGCGGCAUCCAUGGGCACUUAUGGGAGCUCAUGACUGGCAUGGAAUUUGUCCUGGAACACUUCAAAGAGUGGAAAGCCCUCUAUGACGACCCUGCUACGGAAUUAGCUGCAGAAUUGGCUUCUCAGAAGCCCAGCGAGCCUCUUUCACCUGGCUCUGGCCCAGAUGCAAUCCCUCGGCCGUCGACACCAACCACACCAGCAAGAGAUCGCCCUGCACGGCAGUCGAGACUUCCUCAGCAUCUUCAGGGCUUCGAGGUCGCAACACCCUUACGGCGGCAGCAGCAGCGAAGGCAUCGGCACCCUGCAGCUGCCGCUUCCGCUACUGCUCAGUUCAAUGAAGUUGCGCUGCCUGAUCAUGCUCGCCCAACUUACAUGGCGCGGUCAGUUAGCCGUAACUCAAAUCUAGCAGCAGACGAGAGGACAUACAUGAGGGCCUGCAUCAACAACGCUUGGGUAAAGCUUAACGAGUAUUAUACCUCGCUUAGAGAUUCCCCUCUUUACGCAGCAUCCAUCAUUCUACACCCUGGCCUCGGCAUAAGCUUCCUUGAGGCGAACUGGACUUCACCAACGCAACUAACUUGGCUGAUGGAUGCAAAACGGCAGCUGAAGGAGUCCCUAGAGGAGUGGUAUUCUACCGUUGAGGUUGAAGACAGUCUCAAGGAUACUCCUACACCAUCGCCGUCGCCGAUGAUGUCUGCGGAGAAGAAAGAUCCAAGCAGAUUUACUCAGUGGAUAAAGAGCAAACAUCCUAGGCCCACACAUGCAGGCAAUGAGCUUGAUAGAUACUACAGACUCGAGCCUCAAGAAGUUUCUGACCCUAUUCAAUGGUGGGUUGAUCACAAGGAGGCGUUCCCACGGCUCAGCAGGUUUGCAUUGGACAUCCUAGCUAUACCCGCGAUGGCAGAUGACUGUGAGAGGGCGUUCAGUACGGCGAAACUAACGAUAACAUCGCAACGGCAUUCCCUGAAGGAGAUUAUGGUUGAAAGGCUCCAGUUGAUGAAGAAUUGGACACAGAAUGGUUGCAUCGAGCUCGGAGGAGUCAGAUAUCCGAAGUCUAAAAACGCUCGAACAACUCUACGGUCCAGUGAUACCAUGCUUGGUGACGUGGCAGCGCCCAAGAAAAUGCGGCCGAGCGAACGCUGGACAUCAUUCGAUGAUUGGGACUACGGCGGAAUGAAGCAGCGCCUCGAGGGUUUUAUGGCGUCCAUCGACAAGGCGGCACUGACGGAGCAUGCCUCAGUCGUGCUUGGCGCACCGGCGUCCAUGAGUGAACCUUUCUCUGCGGGCCAGUACUGGUGCUGCUUCGAGAUUGUUGCGCCCGACGACCGCUUCCUCGUCGCACGAGUUCGGCUACCGAAACAUCCCGAAAGCAACAACAUGAGUGAGAACGAGGAGUACUUGAUCCAAUGCGAAGUUGCGACAAUGGAAUUCCUGCGGGCGAAUGUCAAGACAGUCCCCGUGCCCAAACUCUACGCAUACGAAGCGCCGGGGUCUGUAAGGGCUAUCAAGGCCGGGGCCACCUACAUGCUCAUUGAAGGGUUCUAUGGUAAUUCUCUCCAAGAUAUCGGCCAUAGUAUUUAUAACCUUCCCGCAGAGCUUGCCGCUUUCACCUUUCCGGAGAUUGGUUCCAUCUCGCAUUUUUCCACAGACACUGAUCCUAUCAUUGGCGCAAUCGCUACAUCUUGA